GUCCUCUUGUGUUAUUUCACUGUAGAGAGCAUAGUGGAGGGUUAGGGGACAAAUGAGCAGCUUUUAUACCCAGAUGGAAAGUGCCAGUGGAGUAACAGGGCUAUAUGCAUGUAAAUAACUUCCGCAUGCAUGACUGGAAGGGUGGUCAAAGUUUCAAAGUGCAGAGUCAAUAAAACGGCCCAGACGGAAGCAAGAUGAAGGACCCACUCAACGGAUGCACAUACAACCUGCUGUACCAAGACCUUAAGAAGUUUUCAAAAAAUGGAGAGUAUUUCUGCAAGGAACUUAUGUCAGUCUUCCAGCAAAGGUAUUCACAUUGGAUUGCUGUUAUUUAUUUAUUUAGCAGGCUGAUAAACAGGUACUGUUUAUAAAUUAUGAUGUGCUCAGUGAUAUUGUGAGAGAAUUCUGUGUAGCAAAGACACUGAAAAAAACCCACAGCGCACUGGGGAUCUGAGCCUUUGAGUUACUCUUUAAUAAACCCAGUUACUUUUCCACUUGUUCUUCCUGCAGGACUGAAACAUGUUUUUCCAGACUCUAGUCUUCUUACCAACCCAACAGAGCCUCCUGCCACAACGCUUAGUGCAGCAACAAAGCUUUGAAUUACUGGAUUUCAAAGGGUAUAAAAGGAGAGCAAACCUGAGAGAUUAGACAAAUGGGCUUUUGUUUGCAUUAACAGAAUUUUUCAGCAAGGUGGUUUGAUAAGGUUACUGGUCAUGAAAGUGAUUACAAUGCGCCAUUUCCUAUGGACUGUAGCGGAAUUGUGUGGUGGAGAAAAUUAGACCUUUCCUUAUCCUUUUUGUCCUGCUUCAGAAUUAGGAAACAAGCCAGGACUUAUGCCAAACGGAGAAAAUGAUUAACUUUCAAAAUCCUCAGCUGCCAAAUAAAAUUGAAUUGUAUUAAAUCCGUACAGCUAGGCCACCUGAAGUGUAUGUUUUGUUAGCUGUUAAUAAAAUUGCGUCGUGGACCUUGAUCUGAAUCUCGUUACAAGUCGUAUCUCAGACAUGUGAUGAUCAUGAUCUCGAAUUGCAGGGCUGAGCUAGAAAUCAGUUACGCCAAAGGUCUGCAGAAGCUGGCGGGCAAACUCAUCAAAGCAUCCAGAGGAAUGAUCAGGAAGUGAGUGCAUUCGAUGUCGCAUGGCUCCGCCUGCUCAUUGACCUCUCUAGGCUACGUAGGAAUGUUCUUAAAUGUACUUAGUGGACAUCUGAGCGGUAAAACAAAUGGAAACAAGUGGACAAAUGCUCCACUUACAAUGCCUGGGCACACAUCUCAGAUGAAAUGUGUUCCACAGCGGACAUUCACAGAACACUGGGAAACGCUUUUCAACAAGAAGCCAUUCUGGAAAUCCGUCAAGUUCUAGAUGAACAUAACAAGAGGAGGCGGCCGCUAGACAAUGCUGUUGAAAAGACAGGGAAGCUUGUGGUUACAAAUUGGAAUGAACAAUUAAAGAGCAAGAAGAAACUAAUUGGUUUAACAAGAGAGCAUGAAGCCCUUUUCAGUUUUGUGGAGAACAACAAACAAAUAUGUACAGAGAAAGAAAAACAGAAGAUGCUGAACCGUCUGACAAAGUCUGCAGAACUGCAAGUAAAGGCAGAUGAAGAAUACUUCAACACCAACCUGGCAGGCCUUCAGUUCAGGCUCAAAUGGGAAACCACACUGAAGAACUGCUACCAGGUCGUUCAGGAGAUGGAGAAACAGCGCAUAGAAAUACUCUGUAAUAUACUGAACAAGUACAACUUGCACAUGUCCAGCUUUGGACAGACCCUCAUCCAUUGUCAGAAGCAGAUAGACCAAGCAGUAAGGAGAGUGAACGCUGAAACGGACAUAGAGAUGCUGGUUGAGCAGACAAGUACUACUUCAGAAGAUAACAAGACUGAGUUCCUGCUCCCUGACUAUUUUGAAGAGGACGGCAAAACCAUAAUGGGGAAAGAGAGACGAAGGGAGGGCAUGAAAACAAAACUGCAGCGGCUUCAGGAGAGUAUCACAAAAGCAAAGAAGGACCAGGAGGGUUUGGAGAAGUUGGUGAAAACCUACCUGGAAAAUCCCUCCUUCUCAAACAAAAAGAAUCUGGAAGAGACAGAGCAGCUACUGGAUGAGGCCACACUGAAGCUGGAUCUCCUUGAAGCUACAUACUGGAAACUCACCUGCAGCGUGGCUGACUUAGAAGGGAGGUCAAAGCCUUCACAUCGGUUCACCAACAGCAUCGCCAAAUGGAAAGAUAAGGACGCCGAGCACAGCAUAGUGCAGCUGACACGUCCCAUUAAGAUAAAGAGGUCUCCGUACAGGGCGAGGGUGUCCAUGCUGCUGGCUCCCAGCUGGAACACUUUAACUGCAGAGACUUGCUCUAGUGAUAUGGACUCUGCUGCCUCUACUGAGAGUUUAGAGAGACAGCAAAAUGGACACAGCUCUGGGUUUACUGACGAACCAGGUGCAGAGCUUGCCAGCAUUGGCAAAUGCAAAGCUCUAUAUAACUUCACAUCAGACAGAGACGACGAGUUAGAGCUAAAAGAAGGUGACCUCUUAGACAUCUUAGAAAAGGACCAGAGCGGUUGGUGGUAUGGGGUGUUGAAUAACCAAAGAGGUCACUUUCCAUCAACUUACGUGGAGGAGCUUCCAACCAUUGACAUCACAAAAUCUUCUGAUGUGUGAAAUUCUUCGGGCCCUCAAAUUCCAUAGACAAACAUUUUACAGGUGCUUCCAGUUUUCGUUAAAAGCAAAUUAGCAUGAAUCUGCUUAACCACAUUCCGUAAUUGCCAUUUUGUAUAUAAACAAGCAACGAAACUUAAUAAAGCUGAAACUGUAUGUGACCUGUUGCAGACCUCAAAACAUGACUGCUGCAUUGUUACAGGAGAAUUCAACUAUUGAGUAAAUUUGUGCACAUUUUGCAAAUUCAGGAUCCUUUGUACAUAUAUUGUUUUUGAAGUGUGAUUGAUAUAAAUCUGUCAUAUUAAAUUGUGACUGAACACAAAUCAGAGGUGACAAACACUAA